UGACACCGAACGUAGGUGUGUUGCUGUGGUAUCGCGCUGCUAAUUAGUUCACUAAAGCUCAGUACGGUUUUUUCAUCGGUGCACUGAGUUGGUUAUACGAAAGGGAUCUGUUAAUCGUCCGUUGUACUUUGUGAUUGACUUGUUUGUAUUAGGAAAGCGAGAAAAUUUAACAAUAUGGAGGAAAUUCAGCUUAGCAGAGAUCAGAUAUCCCAUUUGCAAAUGGCAUUCGAUGCUUUCGAUCACGACAAGAAGGGAUGUAUCAGUACAGAUAUGGUCGGUACAAUUUUGGGUAUGCUUGGUCAUGAAGUUUCACCGACCGAACUUGCAGACAUUAUUUCAGAGAUCGACACAUGGGGUACCGGCGAAUUAAAGUUCGAGGAGUUCUGUAAGUUAGCGUCGCGUUUUCUCGAGGAAGACACCGAUACCGAGGCGGUGCAACAAGAGCUACGAGAGGCAUUCCGAUUGUACGAUAAGGAAGGUAAUGGCUACAUUACUACCGAUGUGUUCAGAGACAUUCUUCACGAGUUGGACGACGCGCUAUCUCCAGAGGAGCUUGAUAUGAUUAUAGAGGAAGUGGAUACUGACGGAUCUGGCACGCUCGAUUUCGAAGAAUUCAUGGAGGUCAUGACAGGAUAAAUUACGACUUUGGCACGAGGUGGAUGUCUCGUCUAUCGCCCACGUUGUGUCGAA